UCAAUGUCAUUUUCUUUCAAUCACGUUCAAUCAUUCUCCUCCGUUUUCAUAGCAAAAAAGUAACAAAAUUGAAUGCAAAUGCUGAAGCAAAUGCAACCAACCGCAGAUGCACAUGUCUAAACUUAAUUAAUAUUUAUGUGAAUUUAGUCCAUUGUUCGCCCAAUACACUGCUGAAAAAAUUCCUCUCUGAUCCUAUUUUUUGAGGAAAUUGUUUGAACUGUUUUGCCUUUACUUGUUCGCAAGACUUAAUUGAGUUGAAUUUCAUUAAAAACUCAUCUUGCAAAAAUUUUUUGCGAUAAAGUUUGUUUAAUAAACAAAUUACAAAAAAAACAGAUAAAUGAUGAAGAAUAUUGUUGAUGUUAUGUCAAUUCAACAAAGGACUGAAAAUGUCUCAAAUGCACCUAAAGCUAUCCAAACUGACUACAGGAAAAAGGAUGGCCAAGGAGUAGUGCCACGUUUUCUUUUCGAAUGCUCCAUAAAACUUUCUAUGAAGCCAUUGACUUCUGCCACAGCCGCUAUAAUCUUUCAUCGAUUCUUUAAUGAAGUUCAAAAAAGUGACUACGAUCAAUAUUUGAUUGCAUCAAGUUGUUUAUAUUUAGCUGGAAAAAUCAAAGAUGAUCCUGUGAAAAUUCGUGAUGUCAUAAAUGUAUCAUACAGUACAUUAAACAGAGGCACCGCACCACUUGAUCUUGGUGAUGAAUAUUGGUCGAUGAGAGAUGCCAUUGUCCAAGCAGAGCUUCUCAUCGCGCGGACAUUGAAGUUCGAUCUGAACAUUGAACAUCCACACAAAUACCUUCUGUAUUUUAUGAAAUCCCUCAAAGACUGGUUGGGCCCCAACACUUGGAGUUCUCUUCCCAUAGCAAAGACUGCCGCAGCAUUUUUACAAGACUUUCACCAUAAUCCCAAGGUUCUUAAUCAUAAUCCAUCUCAUAUUGCCAUUUGUUGUCUUUCAUUGGCCCUACAAACUUACGGAGUACAAGUCCCACUUACUGGCGAGUCGGAUGAGAACACUGCUUGGUAUAAUGUAUUUGUGACUGGCCUAAGCAAGGAGAAGCAUUGGGAGAUUCUUGAGGAAAUUAUGGAAGUAUACAAUCAUGAUGCCGAGAUAGAUGCUAACUAAAGUGGACAUUAUUGAGAAAAGGAAAUAAUCCUUAGAAUUUGAAAUUUAUUUGAUUGAUGGAUUUGUGAUAGUUAUGCAAAGAGUUUGCAUUUUUAUGAUCAUUUGGUUUUAUUUACACUCCUACUUCCCCGUACAGCUUGUACUACUUUUUUAUACGUUUAAACAUGUUUUAUCAUUUAUCUGUAUUAAGAUAUCAUUAAAAUAUCGAUUGAUUAAUAAUAAAUCGAUUGCAUUCUAAA